CCGAGAAAUAGGGGGGGAGAACUCACAAAUAGUUAGAAAUGUCCGACUUUCUGUCAUGUCAUUGUAGCAGUAGUACCAUCGCCUUUCGGCCACUGAGUGACCUAUUCCAUCGGUGGUACUACAAUGCGUACGACCACGAGACAGCGAAUCACAAAUCACAAAUCACAUCUGCGGCGCAGAUCGCCCAACAACAGACUCACACAUACACGCACCGUCGACCGAAGCUCGGCCGCUGCUGGCCCUCUGCAGUUGGCGGCAGCCGGUAAACUAGCGGCGAUUGGGGACACGAUAAGCCCCGUAGCGGGUCGGGUCAGGUCGGGUCGGCCCGUGGGACGGGUCCCCGGCACGUGGAACAGCGAUGGAGCUCUGGGACCUCUGCCUGCGCUCUGACCCGUACCAGACUGCGAGUCCCGUCGGAGGCCGUGUCCCCGGAAGGACGACAACGACGACGAGAGCGAGAAUUGUCCGCAGUCAGUCGUCGAUGGCCGAUCGAUAGUACAGACGCAGAGAGAGAGAGAGAGAGAGAGAGGGAGGGAGGGAGGGAGUGUAGUACAAUUGGCCGCCGCCGGCUAUUGAGUGUUACAGUAUACUAUUACGAGGCAGCUAUAGCGCGAGUCGAGCCCCAGAGCCCGCACGCAAUCGAAAGCUAGCGUUUACUGUCAUGUCCACUAGUGCGCGGUACCUCGAGGUCUGAGAAUUCCAGCAGUGCUGUGCGGGAAACGGUACUGCACGAAUUUCGCUCUCUCUCUCUCUCUCUCUUGUACGGUCGUCGGAUUCAAAGAGUUCGAGGUUUGCACAGAUUCAGAAGAGACUGAAUUUGAUUCUGGCAUCGGGACUCCGCGUUCUUCACGAAGAGAGCAGCAGCGGAGGUCGGAGUUCGGAGGUCGGAGGUCGAAGCGGGCUCGUCUGCGAGGAGGGGAGAAAGGGAGUGAUCGAGGGAACGAGGGAAACGAGGGAAGUAUGUCUCACGAUCACGGAGGUAUGGAUAUGGGUGCCACACCACCCACAGGCAGCCCGACCAGCAGCGGGAGCUCGGCCAUGGACAUGGUGCAUAUGAUGCAGAUGACAUUUUACUGGGGAAAGAAUGCUGAGAUUCUGUUCGAUGGCUGGAAGACGGACAAUGUUGCGGAGUAUGUGUUCAGUCUGCUGGCGAUCUUCCUGAUUGCGGUUUUUCACGAGUGGUUGUCGACAUUCAGAGCUGAUAUGGUGCAGACGGUGCUGGCGUCCAAGGAAGCGAAUGGAUUGAAGAAGCCUUUUCUUCUGCACCGACUGCUGCUGACGAGCUUGUUCGCAGUCAAUGCUGUCACGGGCUACGCGCUCAUGCUCAUGGCUAUGACGUUCAACGGAGGCAUUUUCAUCGUCAUCAUCGCCGGCCUCACGGCCGCCCACUUCUGCUUCCAGAGCUAUCGGGACUCUCCGGUCGAGCUCGGCCAUCACGUCUGAUCUUGGCGUGGAGCAAUUCGCCGAGAUUCGAUCACCCACUCGUCGACUUGGUGCCGCGACAGGCAGAAUUCGAGUUCCCAGAGUUUUUCCGGAGAGUGGUGGAUCAGUUUGUGCUCGAGUUUGUGCCGAUUUCUUGCUUCGACCACCACGCAUCGUCGCUCGGUUCUGUAGUAGCAGUAGUAUGUGCCGAGUGGAUCCAUGAACUCGGAGUGUGGAGAUAAAGAGGGUGUUGGGAUUGGGGAGGGUCCAGAGGUCCAAGAACUAGACGGGGUCAGUUCUACGAUUUCCGAAGAUCUUUAGGUGAUGAUCCUUUGUUGGUUGCGUAGGGGCUCGAAACGAUGGAUAUGUUAGAUAGCCCACUGGCAGAUGAAAUCAGGAUAAAAAGUCUCGUGAUAUUUCUUUCGUUUUUCCUGUACUCACUCAAUCCAUGAGUCGAGUCGAAGCCCGCAUGAUGAAGUCAAUAAGAUGUGUAAGCGAGAGGCAGCUGUUGGAUUUGUGUUCUGAGGCCCUCGAGCAAGUGUAAAUAUUAUACUCCACGCAAUUUUUUGCCGGACAAUUGGACCAUGGUGCAGCUGAUGAGAGUGUGGCCUACCUGAUGAGCGACUCGACAUAUGGUCGAUGGAUUCGUGAAACGAGCUUCGUGCAUCAUCAAAUUGCGUCCUUGGUUUCUUUAUGCGCCGCUCCGUGGCAACUUUCAUGUACCCGCGAUCGGAGCGGUGAACGAGAACGUUCUUGUCGUUCUAUCGUGACGUCUUCCAUUUUGGACUGUGGAGAAAUAUAAGCAUUACGUGGCCUCG